UAAGGUUAAGAAAAAUUAAUGACAUCUUCACUCUUAAUUCAAUAUUUUGAUUAAGAGAAAGAAACCUAAAAAUGGCAACAGCAUGUAUUCAUAUGCUACCCACACCGGGAGCAAAAUGUGAAGCAGUGGAGAUUAAAAACCAGCAUCAAGAUAGUUGGGAGAUUUUUCCCGAAGACAAGCUAGGUGCUGACCGCUACGGGAGUUUGUACGCUCAGGACUACAGCCUGGACUCCAUCAAGCCUAAGAACGGAAAAGCAGCCAAUGUCCCAUCCACGGUUUGGAGGGUGUGGCAGGGUUACCAUGGCCACAUCUCGCCUCCUAGAAACAACCCACACCCAUCAGUGAUGUUUAUGAACUGGAAGGUUCCUAGUCGUCUCUACAACCAGGAUCCGACCACCACUGCAUUCGCUGGUGCACCACCAGAAAAGACGGGCUACAGUAAAUUCGCAAACCAUAAAAAAGUGUCCAAACUUGCUGGUCACAUGCCACCGUCGUUGCUGACACGAAAGAUCACUGCGCCCACAAUGACCACCCACGUCACCCCUAAGCAAGGGCUGCUUCGUCAGAGGAGAGAGAAGGAGAUCGACGAGCAGAUCAUGAGGGAGAAGUACGCCGCAGAGAAACAGACAAUGAAGAACCCAUCAUCUGGAAUCACACGUUUCCCUGCAAUGCCAGGCUUAUCAGCUAAGUUGAAUGUGACACAGACAAGGGAUCGGCCACGUGAUGCUGGUGUGAUGCCCGUGCCCAACAAUGCCGUGACCAUGUCCGGUAGGAUCAGAAGUGAGAUCACGCAGGAGGAUAAGAAUUACAUCGCAAACUACCAGAAAGGACCAAGUCACACUGAGACUGCAAAGGUGGUUAACAAGUGGAUAGAGUCGGCUAGUGACAAAGAGCGGGAUUUGGCUUUCCAGUUUUUUGGCUCUCUUGCUGGCAAGAAGCUAAUGGGUGGUGACCAGGCAGCUAAAGAAGCAAAAACCAAGCAAGGCGGAGCCUGCAACGUCUGUGAUGCAACAAGACUCAAGGACGUCCUGGGUGCCCUGAAAACAACUGGAGGACCCAUUGCCAGCAGCGACCCUAAAGAUCUCAGGUCCGGUGAAUCCAACCGGCGCCGCCUCCGCCUCCUGUCUCCGUUCACGCGGCGACACAAGGAGGAGAUGCAGUCGUGGCACCACCUACCGGCCUCCCGCCACCGGGGACCGGUCUCGAACACCAUCGGUCUCUUCACCCGACCCCACAAACCCACUCAACGCCACUUCACCAUACACCCUGAAUGGGAGUAGAUCGAUCAUCUCUUUAAACCUUCGACCUUCGACCUUCUUGUCACUUUGUGUCAGCGUAAACAUCUCAAUCUUUUAGCAAACCUUUGAUGGGAACUUUUUGAACUAUUUAUAUUAGAAUUUUUUUAAUGCA